CUUAUAAUUACAUAGGUAUGGUUUGUUUUUUUCAAAUGGCUUUAAUGUUAACUAAUCUAGUGUGUGCAGUUUGUUGAUUCUAUUUGCGUUCAACUUUGUUUUUUAUCUACCAAUUUAAUCAAGUUCUGAUUUAUCGUGUAACACGAAUAAUGGCCGAUGUUUCAAUGACAUGUGAUUUAAAAUUUGAUGUGGUUAUGGAAGAAUUGGAACAGAAGGAGUUGGAAACUAAGGAUAUCGAAGCAGCUGACUAUGAAAAUCUUCUCGCCAUUUAUCUAGCCAAUAAUGAUACUUUUAAUGCCAAAUUUCUUUGGAAAAGGAUACCCCAAACAAUUAAAGACUCAUCUGAUUCUCUUAAAGCAAUAUGGGACAUUGGUAAAAGUCUAAUUCAAGGUGAUUAUGCUGCUAUUUACAGUCAAAUUGAUUCAAAAACAUGGCCAUCUCAUUUAACUUCAAUCAUGAGCCAUCUGAGGAAAGAACAGCAAUCCCGUAUUAUACAUUUAAUAAGUAAAGGUUAUACAGCAAUCAGUCUGAGUGAUGCCAUGCAGAUGACUGGAUGUACAACAGAAGAAGAGAUUAUAAAACUGGGUGAAUCAGCAGGAUGGAAGAUCGAUGCUCCAUUUGGUUUUAUAAUAUCCAAGAAGGUCCUUCACGACGAAGAAAAUGUCUUUUCGUCUAAUCAAGAGCAGUUAGAAAAAUUGACCGAUUAUGUUUCUUUCCUUGAAAAUCAUUAUUAAAUGUUUAUAUUCUUCUUUUUUCCACCGUAAUAUUUAUAAACUACGUAAAUAUUUUCUUUACUGUCAAACAUGUAAAGAAACAGAAAUUACUUCUUUUUAUAUGCAGAUCAUCUGUUGAACUAACUUGCGUUUAUAAAAUAAAUCAAAAUGAUCUGGAUAAUUAUUUUCACAUUCAGAAUAAAAUUACCAAGCCUUCUUCAAUCGA